AGAAGUCAUCCAGAGGACAGCUGGGAGAUGAAGCCAGACAAACUCAGGUGAGAAAGAAGACAUGUAAAUUAACAGGUAGAAUAACUGUGGUGGUGGAGGGUCCUCCCCCUAAAAAUCAGUUCUUAUCAUGACUAGGCACCUUGCUGGAAGAGAGGCUUUAGCCAAACCCAAGUUAUGAGCCUGGAAAUCUGGGAGGCAGUGAUGGAUGAGGAAUCAGAUUGCUGGUGUGGUCCCUUCUGGCUCUAAACUCUGAAUAAAAGCCUGAAGUGUGCUCUAAGUAGGGGGCAGUUGCCUUGAGGCUGGUCUUGGCCAGCACCCCUUGUUACAAAUGCCUGUUCUCUUUGGCAGUACUGGGUUGUUGGGUCCCUAUAAUUAAAGAAGUAAAAUGUAUUUAAACAAAUAUGCCUGUGCUAAUUGCUUAGGACACAUUUUCCAGUGCUCUGAGUUGCUGGGAUGAAGAAGGGGCCAUGCUGCUAGGCUGCUUAGAGCUUCACUGUUUCGAGCUGUCAUGAGCAAAUAUGUCUUCUAUAUUCCUGCCAGGAAUAGAGGGAGCAGACGGUGCUGCUGCUUCCUCCAGCUUGCCACGGUGCAAGCAAUAGGUUUCAUGCAGAAGGCUGUUCAUGGCAAAGUGAGCAGACGUCUCUUCCAGGACAUCCAUGUUUCCUGCUUGUCCUUUUGUAGGAAGAGCCACAGCUAUUAUUAUUUAACCAGCAGACCCAAUUUCAUCUCAGAUACUGGAAGUCCUUCAGCUUCAGGAAAGAGUGGGUGGACUGAAAAUGCUAUUUACAUUGAGCCUGGCAAAAGAAUCAGGUCUUUCUCUUCUCCCACGGCCAGCAGCGACUCUGCUCAUGGCAGCUUGAUUCCUUGUGAUUUACAACAGCGUGGGGGGAGAGCAGAGCCCACAUGUUGGAUAGGCUGGAAGUGCAGGUGGCCAGCCCUGUGCAUGGCUGAAGGGGUGGAUCUGGUGCAGCAAAGAUGAGCUGCAAACCAGCCAACCUUUGGUAGCGAUGUGCCCGGAGAAGCUCUGUCUCUGAGGAGCAGGAGGGUGGGCUAUCAUUCCGCUCAGGUGUUCCUGCCUUCCAGAGAAGGACCUAACCACCGUGUGCUCUUGCUUCACAGGAACCUGGAUGGGGAGCAGGACACCUCUGCUUUGAGGUGAUGGCAAAACCAUCUGGGAUCUUCACCUGGUGAUUGAAAAACGUGUUCCAUAGCACUUCAUCUUUAAAGCCUGUGGGAGUUCUUGGCCGCUCAGGAGAGCUCUCCUGCGUGGCUGGGAUCCACCAACCAGUUGCUCAGCUGUCUGUACCUCUGGAAUGAGGUGAUGCCUCUUGGCUUCUUCUGUCUUCCCACAGCCACCACAGGCAGUGCCACUCAGAAGGACAGCUGGGGUCCUGCCUGCCUGUGGACAGGAAGUCCUACUUCCCACAAAGGCUGAGCUCCAGAGGGGUUUGUGCCUUGAAGAAGCAAGGUGCCAGCUCAGCCUGUGCCCAGUGUCUGCUUGUGACUUGCAGUGUUGGGAAUUGCUCUGAGCCUGCUUUCCUGAGAGGCAGCACUUCAAGUUGGAGUACAUGCUCCUUAAAGCUCAUGGCCUGCUGACAGGCAAUAUUAGUCCUGUUCUCUGCAAGAGAGCAGGAAGCUGAGUGCAAAGAUGUUAAACGUUGAAGGUCAUGUAAAUUGUGUCCAUCCAGGUGCUCUUUCUCUGGUGUUCAUGCUGUUUUGUGGCCUGCACUAGUGUUAGGCAUCCAAGUGUGUAGACAAGGCAGUGACAUCUUUAUCUUGUCUAGCUUAGACAAAAACUCCAGGUAUCCCGCUGAUACAAAAUUCUGUUGGCAGAUGUCCUGUAUGUUCUCCCUCCUGCAACAGGGUGGGGAGGGGGGAAGUAAAAGGAAGGCUCUGGUAGAUGAGAUUUAGGGCUCUGGACUUCUGCAAAAAAAUUACAGCUUGGGAACAAAGACUUGUAAAUUGAUGGGUUGGGACUGUGGUGUGCUGAGAAGGGGGUGCUGAAGGCCCUGGGCUGCAAGCAGACCUCUGUGUCUAAUGUUCACGUGGCCCUGCUCAUCUUACCAGUGAUGUAGGGAGAAAAUGAACUGGUCCCAAACCACUUAGUGCUUUGCAGAUCAAAACUAGCUUCUCAGAUUCUCCUCUGUGUUUCAUAGAUGAUCUGAACAGGUCUUCCUGCCCUGCUUUCCCACCUGUCCUUUCAGAAACCAGCUGCUGAAUUCAGCAUCAGCUCCAGCCCCUGGCUGCAGGCACAGCCUGGCACUGCAGUGCCUGAUUUGGUGGGCACUCACACCUCCAUGAGCUGUGUGGCACAUCAGGGAGGCUCUGCUCCCUUUUUAAAGCUCCUGGGACUCAGGACUCAAUCCAAAUCUGCUCACUGAGGUUUGAACACCAUCGAGGCUCUUUAGGUCUCAGGGUAAACUGCUGAAUUCGUGGAAUGUGAGUUCAGAAUGGGGAUCUUGCUGUAACCACAGAACUGCAGCACAGUAAACUACUGGAAUGUGUAAACUGAAAAGUAGUUUUUAUUUACUCUUCUGUCUUGCAGAGCAAAAUGCUGACAGGGUCCCUUUCCUUCUUGUUAGCUGGGUUUUGUGAGAGCAGUGUGGAGACCACGGUGAGAGGAGGCCAGUGGGUGCCAUGGAGCUCCCCAGUUACAGCCAGCAGCUGCUGCCCCAGCUGUACACCCUGUGCAAGGAGCAGCACUUCUGUGACUGCACCAUCUUUACUGGGGAUGUGCACUUUAGAGCACACAAGGUGGUUUUGGCUGCUGCCAGCCUGCUGUUUAAAUCCCUCUUGGACCGUACAGACAGCAUCUGCACUGAUGCUUCUGUGGUGAUGCCUGAGGAGUUUGCACUCUUGCUGGAGAUGAUGUACAGUGGCAAACUCCCACUGGGGAAACACAAUUGCACCAAAGUUAUCUCCGUGGCAGAUAGUCUGCAGAUGUUUGAUGUGGCUGUUAGUUGCAAAAGCCUCCUCAGGGACCUCAUAAGCUGUUCUCCUCGGGACCAGGUACACAGAGGAGUCUCCAGCCAGGCAGCAGAUUCAUCUGAAAACAAAGGUGAAGCUAAUAACCUGCCCCAGUCUGGAAAACCCAAAGAAGAAAAAACAGAUAUCCUCCUCACUCCGAGAGUUUUCCCUUUACCUGGCGAAGCAGAAAUGGAAGCAGAUGUUUCUCCUCCUGGCCAGGAACUUACUGUGAAUUGCACCUGGGUUCACGAGGACUUGAUGUUGAAUGUCUCCAGGUCCCUCCAGGAGGAUUCAAGCUCUGGCCCUGACCAGCCUGCCCAUGCUGAGUGAAGUGGCUGUGUGGAAGAGCCUCCAGAGCUUGCUGAGCCCCCAGAGGGGAAAGGGCCAUCGAGGGAUUUGGCAGCAGAGAGCAAAAGCUGUAAACUGGAUUUCUUUCUUCGAUAUGAAAGUGUUUUCUCUGAGGCCCUUUCUGAUGCCCAGGCUGUGCUGAAAAGACUCGACAGAGAAACUGAUGCCUCUCAAAAGGAGGCUCUGGCUGCCUGUCUCGCCAAGGCAGGGGAACAGUCACUGUUCAAGAAGUUGCUGAGCAAAGUGGAGCAUGCUUGGCUCAGGGAUACUCACACCCAGGAUAGUGACACCCAGGACACUUGGCCCCUGGACACUGAGACUCUCCUGUCUUUUCUGAAGCUGUUUCAAGACAUGAAUUCCAGGCUGAGAGCAGCUCUGCCAGAGAGAGAACAGGGCACUGGAAAAGCCCCACGGCAAGGAGGUAGGAAAUUGGCUGAGGAGACGCUGACCGCUCGCUCGCUGGGCUGCAGGGAGGAGCUGAUCCAGAGCAUGACACAGCUGAGCCCCAUCGUGGAGUUCUUGGAGGCAGCAGAAGAGGGAUUCCUGACCCCCUUGGAGAAGAGGGUAGUUUUGGAUUGCUGUGAAAGCAGCUCUGAGAGGGAAGCCAUGGACAACCUGCUCAGGAAGGUGGAUGAAGAGAAAACCCUGAAUGUGGAAAGCUUGAUCAAACUUCUGGGGGCUGUGAAAGCAUCAUUCCCUGGGCUCCAGCUUCUACUGGACAACUUGGUGGCAGCAGCAAACAUCUCUGAUAGCAAAGAUCCUUCUUGGAUCCAUCUGUUUGGCAGUUCUCACUUUUAUUUAUCAACUGACCAGGUGACAAGGGCUUGGCUCACAGAAGCAGUGAAAGAGCUACUGAGUAUUUCUGCUCAUAAGGAAAGUUCAGAGGCCUCCAUGAAAGCAGCUCUGAGCAGAGCCCAGGAGAAGUAUGUCCUGACCAUGAAGAUCUACCAGGUGCUGUGCAGUGUCCAUGAGUCCUUCCCAGACCUGCAGCCAAUGAUGCAGGAGCUGGGCCACGUGGGUCUCUUGACUGAGAGAAGAGGAGAGAAACCCGGGAUCAGGAAGUGGAAGGUGAACAGUGAAUCCCACGUUAAAUCUCUGGACAAAGAUGAGGACAGGGCAGGAGGAGCUGGUGCCAAAGAAGCAAAGGAAUCCCAAGACAAAGCUUGGUCCAAGAAGAGUUUUGUCUGCAAAGCCUGUGAUAAGACCUUCCACUUCUGGUGCUGCCUGAAAGUGCACAUGAAAUGCUGUCAGGUGUCCAGAGGAAAGCAGAUCCAGUGGAUCUUGGAGUGCAGCCAGGUCAAACUGACCAAGAAGGAGCUGGAAAAUCAUCAGCUGGAGGCCCACGGGGUGGUGGGGAUGGCCAAGGAAAAGAAGAAGCGGCUCCCUGUGGCAUGUGACAUCUGUGGAAGAGAGUUUGCUCAUGCCUCAGCAAGGGUUGGGAUGCAGUAGCACAAGCUGACAGAACACUUGGAUGAGAAGCCCUUCUCCUGCCAGGAGUGUGGGGUUGGGUUCGUGGCAAACUCCACGCUGAAGAACCACCUGCAGCUGCACAGGGGGGACAGACCCUUCCUGUGCAAGCACUGCCUGGUGACCUUCAUGCAGGCCUUGGCCCUUGCCUACCACAGCAAGAGGGAGCAGGCUGAGGGAGAGCUUCCCCACAGGAGCCCAGCCAUGGGCUCGGCUUGCUCCAUCUACCCCUUUGUGCCCUGUUCCUCCCUUUGCCUCCUGGCUGCUUCUCCAUCCUUUGGGGGCCUCCUGUGCAUUGGGCUACUCCCACACCUCCCUCACCUGCAUGGGUUUGGCUGCAGCUUCCCACUUUGCCCUUAUCCAGCUCCUCAGAUUAUCCACGCAGUCCUCCUCUCCUCCAUCUUCCUUGUUUUUCUCUUCAGUAGUUCCUCUCUGUCCCAUCACACCUGGUUUGUACUGUGUUUCUGGGUGGCAGACACUGAAGAUCCCUACAGCUGCAAGAAGUGCCAGAUGAGCUUUGCCACCCUGCAGGAACACUGCAAGCAUGUCCAUGGAGCACCUUCCCGGGAAUACCAGCCCUGCCCUACCUGCUCCAAAAUCUGCAGUGCCCCAUCACUCCUGGAGUGCCACAUGGUGACCCACACUGGGGGAAAUCUGGUGAUUCCGACGUCGAAGCAAGGAGCAGCAGAGCACAUCAUCUCUUUUGAUGGCACCCAGCUCGUUGGCUCCCAAGUCUUUUUGAUUGAGCCCCAUGUGAGCCAAAGUGGCUCUGAGCAGGUGGCAGUGACUAAGGAGGACUUGUUUGAUGACAAAGUAACUCUGAUUUGUGAAGAAACCAAGCAGGAGACAGUGGGGGGGGCCUCCAACUGCCACUUGGUAUCCCCUGGACUUGUUCAGUAGCUCAGUGUGCUGCUCCAGCUCGGGGAUCCGGGGCUUCCCUGCCAGGCAAUCCCAGGCAGGCAGCAAGCACAGAAUGACCAGGGACAGGAGAGGUUCAUAGACAUUCAAUGCCUGGGAAGUCUCCCUGCAUUAAGCAGCUGCCAGCUCAGGUGAGCUGGACCACCUGUCUCUCCCAGGUGAGAAAUAAAGCGGAGGAAAAGAAUGGGAA